AUGGAGCAGCUCGCUCCCCGAUUAGCAAUAGCCGUUUUUCUUGCCGUGGGCGCCGCUGCCACGUGGCACGUUCUAGACAACUUCUUGGUUAUCACCCCGCCAGCGGGAUGCGCGGGGCCCGCGGGGUCUCCGCGGGUGGCGGAGUGCUUGACGGAGUUCCGCAGCGCGCGGCGGUCGCUGGGGGUGAUGCCGCAGCAGCAGCAGGACGUCACUGCGGCCAUGCUCGUGCGCGUAGAACAGCAGGUGUUCGGGAUGAUGCGGGUAGUGAGACGGCUCAAAGCGAGCAAUAUCUCCAGCUUCGCACCAAGUCAGCAGCACUUCAUUCGAGCUGUCUCAGAUGACUGCCUUGAGCAGGGCGCGGACGCGGCGGAGGAGGUGCGCGAGGCGUACUUGGAGCUGCGCGCAGGCACCCGCGGGGACGACCUGCGCUUCCAGCUGGCGGCGAUCAGGACGAAACUCAGUAACUGCGUUACCGGAUUCGCCGAGUUCGCGCCGGGGAUCCUCAAAACAGAACUGGGAACCAUUCUUACGAUGGGAUCGACACAAGUGAAGUCCACUGUAAGCGCCGCCGUCACAAUCGCAUCAGCCUAUUCCGGGUACGGUGUUCCCGCGCAAAGGCAGCAGGUCAAGCGUCAACAGGUGGCGCAAACGGUAGGCAUGCGCGCAGGACAGGCAGGGGCGGGUUUGCGCCCCCCCGUGCAACAACCAGCGGGGUUGCGACCAUGGCAGGUGCGGCAAGGUGGUCAAACAGCGCAGCCGGGGCUGCGCCCAACACAGGGGGGGCAGACGGGCCAAGGGGGGCAGGCGGCGCGAAGAGGGCAGGCGGCGCAAAAUGGGCAGGCGGGGCUGCGCCCAACACGGGGGGGCCAGUUGGGUCAAGGGGGACAGGCGGGACUGCGCCCAGCACAGGUGGGGCAGUUGGGUCAAGGGGGGCAAGCGGGGCUGCGCCCAGCACAGGUGGGGCAGGCGGCGCAGAAGGGGCAGGCGGGGCUGCGGCCAACACAGGCGGGACAGGCGGCGCAAGGGGCGCAGGCGGGGCAGCAUCUCGCUGUACAGUAUAGCACGGGACUCCAGCCCCAAACCCCGACGCAGCCGCAAACUGGUUACGAAGUCCAAGCGCAAUCGCAACAGUUCGCGUGGUCGCAGGUGCAGCCGGUGUAUGAUUAUAACGAGUACGAGUAUGACGACCCGAUAGACGGAGGCAGUGACUACCCGACAGAUGACUAUAGUGGUGCCGCUGCUAGUGGUAAAAGCGAGGAGAAGCGUUGGGAUUACCACGAUCCGACUGACGGUGCUACAGUCGCUGAAACCAAUGCUGCUAAAGUGGCUGCUACAGUCGCCGCUAUUGAAGAUGACACGUUGAACAACAAGGACGGCAAUGGAUUGGAUUAUUACGCUGACGCUGCUGACUCUGCUGACUUUGCUAACGCUGCUGACAAUGUUGACAAUUCUGAAGAUGCCGACUCUGCGGGCUCUGCCAGCUCUGCUGACUCUGCUGACUUUGCUAACGCUGCUGACUCUGUUGACAAUGCUGACGCGGCUGACGAUGGCGAGGCACCUGAUUCCGAUGACCAACACCGGGAUUUCACAGGCACGCGAAACCGGCAGCUGCGCGCCGCUGACGAUGUUACCCGACAGGCUUCGCUAGCGGGUGGUUACCACAGUAGCAGAGGUGAUCCUGGGGAAAGCGCGGAUGGUUACCACGGUGAGGUUGGCGAAGUGGGCGAAGAAGCAAGUGGUUACCACCACCCGGAGUGGCUGGAGGCGGGGCUCUACGAACAGUUGAAGGAGCUCCAGGCGCGCAUGCGCGGAGAGCACGCGCGCGCGCAGCAGUGGGCGGACAGACGGCGCAAACUGCUGGGGCUCCCCGCGGAGAUGUGGGGCAGCGACGGCGGGGAAGGGGAGGAAGGAGAAAGGGGGGCGGCAGAGGGGACGAGGAGACGAGGGUUUGGCCCCCCGUUCCGUCCGUCCUCCCCCCAUCCCCACGCACCAUUCAACGCAGCGCGCGCCGAUCCCCCUAGCGACGACGAUGGGGAAGAAAACCGCAGAACACCUCCCCACCGCGGGGCACCACUCCCCCGGAACCCUGCACCACGCGCCUGGUACGGGGCCCGCGCAUAA